AAAUAGGUUAACACAUACAACAGCAAAAAAUAAGAAAAUGGCCCCAUCGAUUUUAAUUGCUGAAGAAGAGGAUAGUGUAGCAGAACUAAAAUAUCAAGCGUUGUAUGAUGGACUUCAAGCAGAACUGUUGCCUACACAAGUCGCAAUGAUGUUCAUGGAUGGUGCUAGCGGCGACCAGUUGAACGAUAUUGCACGGAUUUGCUGCGAGCUCCGAACAAAAGUUAUCUCUGUCUCUACGCUUUCUUCUGCAAGCGUCCAUCGGUCCAAAGAGGAGAUUGAUGUUGCAACAAACAUAACGAAACUGUGCUUGGAAGAUCUAGAAAGAAAUGAUAUUAGGGUUUCAGUAAUAGGCAAAAGGGACUCAAUUUCAGACUCAUUGCUAGACAUGAUAACCAAGAUGGAAGAAACUACAAAGAACAACAAGUCGCUUCAUAUUAUCGAAGCAAUCGAUUACACAGGACGUGGGGAGAUCAUUCAGGCUUGCGUGGCUCUUGCUGGGAAGGUGAAAGAUGGUGUUAUACAACCCGAGGAUAUCGAUGAAAAUGUUUUCCAGCAAGAACUCGAGACGAAGUGCUCAGAGUUUCCUGAUCCUGAUAUAAUGAUCCGAACGGGUGGGAAGUAUAGCAUUGACAACUUUAUGAUAUGGCAAAUGGCGUAUACUGAACUCUACUUUGUUGAAAAAGAUGAUCUGGAAUUUAACAAGACUAGUUUUGUUGAGGCGUUAGACUCGUACCAGAAAAGAUCCAGACGGUUCGGUGGAAAGUGAAAAACUAUAUAUUAGAUUUUUAAUUGUCAUCUUAAUUAAUUGGUCUUUAUAGUAUCAGAAACUGCAAAACUAUGUAUUAGUGUUUUAGUAAAAUAGUUAUUAAACCUAUUGUAAUUUGAAAUAAGGAUUCAGGAUUGUUAACUAAGAAUUUAAAA